ACAACUCCUCUCUUUUAAGAAAGAAAAACAGGUGUGAGAAAGGGGUUAUCUAUCCAUCGAUCAAAGAUUCAUCAUCAUCAUCCAUCAUCUCAUUAUUAGUACCAUUUCUUGUCUUUUAAUGGAUCACCAGUUUAUAAUAUUAGCUUAACAAAAAUAUUACUAAAAAAACCCCACAGAGACGAAGAAGAAGAAGGGAGAAGUAGAAGAUCCCAACAACAAACAUACAGAACAUGGUGGUGCUUGUGGUUGGAUCCAUCGCUCUUUGAAUCGGCAGCUGCGGUGGUGGUGGUAGUGGUGUACUAGUAGUAGAACCUACAAUCGAAGAAGAUCGAGAUUGUAAAAUAAAUAAACUAGAUUUACGGUUGAUCAGAGUUAAACCUGACCUUGUUCUGUACUGAGUCCAUGGCCGUUCCUGAGAACAAUGCUGCUAGUGAUGAUGCUGUUGAUCAGUCUUCUGUACAAAUCAAAAAGGUCCAGCAGCAACAGCAGACUGAAGCUCCCAAAACCAAUCCUACUCCGGUGGGUCGAGGAAUUACCAAUAAUCAUCACAAUCAGCACCAUACCACCAAUGGGAAUAAUGGGGGUUCUGUAAUUCAUCAAAGGAAUAUGAGGGAAUUGGAGGAACUCCUCUCCAAAUUGAAUCCAAUGGCUGAAGAAUUCAUUCCUAGCCCAACUUCCCUCUUCACUGCUAAGUUUAACAUUGGAAUUCCCAAUCAAUACCCUCCUAUCAACUACAACAACAACAACUUUGUGCUGACAACACCAAUGCCGAUGAUGCUCAACAACAACAAUGUCAAUAAUAAUGACAACAAUGUUGCUGCUUCUGCUGAUGGUAGGCGCAAGAGAUUUAGUUACAGUCAAGGAAGGCGCAAAAUGAACACUAGGACAAGAAUGGCACAGCGAGAGGAUGUUAUUAGGAGGACUGUGUAUGUCUCUGACAUUGAUCAACAGGUUACCGAAGAACAGCUUGCAGCACUCUUUAUCAAUUGUGGACAGGUUGUGGACUGCCGGAUAUGUGGGGAUCCUAAUUCUGUUCUCCGCUUUGCUUUUGUGGAAUUUACUGAUGAAGAAGGUGCAAGGGCUGCCCUGAGUCUCGCAGGAACAAUGCUUGGGUUCUAUCCAGUGAGGGUGCUGCCUUCAAAAACCGCAAUUGCACCUGUUAACCCGACGUUCUUGCCCAGGUCUGAAGAUGAGCGCGAAAUGUGCGCUAGGACCAUUUAUUGCACAAAUAUUGACAAAAAGAUUUCUCAUGCUGAUGUCAAACUCUUCUUUGAAUCAAUCUGUGGGGAGGUUUAUCGCUUGAGGAUUCUUGGAGACUAUCGUCAUUCUACGUGUAUUGCUUUUGUUGAGUUUGUUAUGGCAGAGAGUGCUACUGCUGCUCUAAAUUGUAGUGGUGUGGUUCUUGGGUCGUUGCCUAUAAGGGUGAGCCCAUCAAAGACACCAGUCCGCCCACGUCCUCCUCGUCCGAACAUGCACUGAACCAUCUUUGCAGGUCUCUGAGACAGAUGAUGCAGCUACAGAAAUAUGAUUAUCUAUGCAUAUAUUUAUAGAGAGCGAGAAACAUGAAGACAUAUACACUAGGGAGUUUACUACAGUUAUUCCGACUUUUUUUUGUUCUUUUUCCUGCUUCUAGCACCGUAGACGGGAUGAAACUUCGAGUUUUUGGGGAUAUCAUUUCAAUUUAUUUCUCAAUGCACAUUAAAUUGACAUCAAUCAGUAUCCGUAGAGAAAAACUUCCAUCAAAGGAACAGAGGUAGAUUCUGUUCGGUUGGUUUUAUGAAUUAUUGUCCUGUCGAAAGAAAAAUGAAUUAUUUCUGUUUAUUUCAUGGACCUGUUGGAUAUAUGCUUGAUAUGUUUCAUCAUAUUCCACGGAUGGUUUAAUCUUGAUAUGCUUGGAUUCAGUAGUGGAGGUUUUAGAGGGUGCAGCAAGGUUCAACUUGGUAAAGGUUAUGUAGCAAUAGAAUCCAAGCAUUGGAUAAAUUACAAUGACUUGUAAGCUGUAAUGUGUAUCACAUUUUGUUGAGUGUAGCACUUGUUAGAAUU